AUGCCUGACUUCAAGGACCGAGAAAAGGCUCUUGAGAACGAGUACAUCCGAAAGAGAGAAGCAGAGAAGGCUGCCGCAUACAAGAGCCAGCAACAGGCUCAGAGCUCGGGCAAAAGUGCUCCGACCACCAACCCUGCAACCUCCAAUUCGGCUCAAGUACUGCAUGCCCCAACAAGUAACCCCUAG